AUCUUCACUAAAAGCUUCUCUUAUCAGUAGGUGCGCAAAGUGUGGGACUUGACUGUGCUGUAGUAUCUAAAACUACAAGUUGUCUUCUAGUAUUAUUAAAAAUAAAGACAUUAAACUGAAUUAGCUCGACAGGAUUGAGAUGUUACAGUUUAGGGCUUCAGUUGUGCUGAAGGAGUUGAUUCAAACCAGCCCAAAGCGUUCGUUUUCUCACAUUAUAAGGCAUAAGAAGACUUUACCAAACGCGUACUUCUGCAGCGCUGCUUACCCGGAUGUCAGAAUAUCUAAAUUAAAGACUGUCUGUAAUGGAAGACCUUUCAUUCAGCCUUUAGCUGGGAGAAGAUUUCUAUGUACAAAGACAGAAGGAGCGAUUGACCCUGCAGCAGAACCAGUGAAGAAAGAUGAGUCCGUUCAGGAAGCGACGGCAGAUAAGAGAAGGAAGGCUGGCAUCCUGCCCAGCUUGGAAGACCUGCUGUUUUACAGUAUUGCUGAAGGCCAGGAGAGGAUCCCAGCUCACAAAUUCAUUACCGCACUGAAGGCCACUGGACUUCGAACAGGAGAUCCACGGCUGAAAGAAUGUAUGGACAUGUUGAAAGUCACCCUCAAAUCCACGUCAGAUGGCGUAAUGCUGGAUCGGCACCUGUUCAAAAAGUGUGUCCAGAGCAACAUUGUUCUCUUAACGCAGGCCUUCCGGAAGAAAUUUGUCAUUCCUGAUUUCCAGCCUUUUGCUUCCCACAUCGAUACACUCUAUGAAAAGGCCAGAAAGCUCGCCGGGGGGCUGGUUGCUGACUACAUUCCCCAAAUUGCCAAAUUCAGCCCAGAUCUGUGGGCCGUUUCCCUCUGCACAGUAGAUGGACAAAGACACACAGUGGGUGACACUAAAGUGCCAUUUUGCCUGCAGUCGUGCGUGAAGCCACUCAAGUACGCUAUUGCAGUGCAUGACCAUGGCACUGAAUAUGUGCACCAAUUCAUUGGGAAAGAGCCCAGUGGCUUACGCUUCAACAAGCUCUUCUUGAAUGAGGACGAUAAACCCCAUAAUCCAAUGGUGAAUGCUGGUGCAAUCGUGUGUACCUCUCUUAUCAAGCAAGGUGCAGGCAAUGCUGAGAAGUUUGAUUAUUUGAUGAACUUCUUGAAGAAGAUGGCUGGAAAUGAAUAUGUUGGUUUCAGCAAUGCCACAUUCCAGUCGGAGCGUGAGUCAGGAGACAGGAAUUUCGCUAUUGGCUACUACCUGAAAGAAAAGAAGUGCUUUCCAGAUGGUACAGACAUGACUUCUGUUCUGGACUUGUACUUUCAGCUGUGCUCCAUCGAGGUAACGUGUGAGAGCGCUAGCGUCAUGGCUGCCACACUGGCCAAUGGUGGCUUCUGUCCAAUCACGGGCGAGCGUGUGCUGAGCCCCGAGGCCGUGCGAGACACCCUCAGCCUCAUGCACUCCUGCGGCAUGUAUGACUUCUCCGGACAGUUCGCCUUUCAUGUGGGUCUUCCGGCCAAGUCAGGUGUGGCUGGUGGUAUUCUGCUGGUUGUGCCCAAUGUGAUGGGCAUCAUGUGCUGGUCUCCUCCACUGGACAAACUCGGCAACAGUGUCCGGGGCAUCCAGUUCUGCACGGAUCUAGUGUCCUUGUUCAACUUCCACAACUAUGACAACCUGAGGCACUUCACCAAGAAGCUUGAUCCCCGCCGAGAGGGAGGGGACCAGCGGCAGUACACCUUUGGACCCCUGGAUUACGAGAGCCUUCAGAAAGAGCUGGCUCUCAAAGACACUGUGUGGACAAAAGUCUCGCCCACUGAGUGCAAUGAGGACAGCUCCACUACUGUAGUCUAUAGGAUGGAGAAUGUCGGAGAUGGCAACUAAAACGGAUCUGGCUGACCUCGGCGAGCUCUUUGACAGUCUAUAUUUAUGUACUUUAACUGUUAUUUAUUUUCAAUGACUCUGGUUCUGGGCACAUGUUGGUUCUUCACCAGUCUUGGUGAACAUGAAUGACAAUGGUAGAGGAUGUGGUCCUUAAGCCUUGGCUUCUGUUAAUCUAUCUGUGCUUACACUAAAAAGCAUAGCAGAGGGCUUUAUUCUUCACUUGGACUGCAUGAAUUUUAGGUGCAGUGUGAUUUAUAGACUUUAUUCUCUCAUAUACCAGAAAGUGUUUUUUUUGUUUUGUUUUUCUCUGUGUAAGUUGAGCAUUAGCUGCAGAACAGAGACCGCAGGUGGUUCUGUUUUGCACUACGAUUGAAUGUAUAAUUAACCGCGUCUUACCAGAUGUAGAGUCGUCCGUGAGGUCUUUAACUUGAUGGUGUCACAAACACAUGGACGUCUUCUGAAACUUUAUUAUUUAUUCACCCUCGUGUUGUUUUAACCCUUUAUACUGCUGUUUUUUUCUGGGGAACACAAAAAGAAUUUUGAAAGAAUUUUCAUGCAACUUUUUUCCAUAUUCCAAACUAAGGCCCUGUUUACACUAGUGCAUUUUUGUUUUAAAACAGCGUUUUAGAAUGAAAACGAUCCUCGUCUACACUGCCGUUUCUGCUGCGUUUCAGAAACGAUCUCCGUUUACACUACACAACCUAAAACACAUAUCACAUGACAUUCAUGCAGGUAUAGCCCUAUUAUUUAGAUUGCGGAUGCAUAUACGUGCUUGGAACGAUCGAAUGGGGAAUCUACAUAUACAUUUAUGGGUACAACAAUGCACAUGAUGUUAUUGUUUACACGGUCGUCAAAGAUACGCAGAGCGAAUAUGGGAAGCCACGCCAUUGUUUUCAAAAGUCUCCGUUUUGGUCCGUUUACACUGAAACGCAACCCCAGAGUUUUCAAACUAAAAUGGGGUCUGCAGCGUUUUCAAAAGUCUCCGUUUUCAAGGGUUGAAAACGCCAGAGUAGUGUAAACGAGGCCUAAAAUCUUAUUAAAAUUUAAUUGAAGUGUUCUGAAGCCAUAUACUAGCUUUUAUAAGGUAAAAUAUGAACAUUUAAGUUUUAGAAAAUGGCAUUUGGUGCAAAUUUGGUAUCUGCAUUAUCAUUGAAUAACGUCUCAAAUUUAGUCCACACACAAAGCUAUUACAUGACUUUUAGAAUUAGAAUAUAGUGCAGACUUGGAACAUACAGUCAUAUGGACCGCUUGUAUAAGUGACGUGUAGCCAACUAUGGUAGCCCAUACCCAUUUGUGCUCUGCAUUUAACUUAUCCAAGUGCACACACACCUGGAGCAGUGGGCAGCCAGCACCUGGGGAGCAGUUGGGGGUUCGGUGCCUUGCUCAAGGGCACCUCAGUCGUGGGUUUUGGAAGAGAGUACUGAGAAUCAAACCCACGGCCUUUGGGUUACAAGUCUGACUCUCUAACCAUUAGGCCACAACUGCCCCACAUUUAUGGUUGUUUUUUGAUCCUUUUUGAAGGUCGACAGGUUACAAUGAAAAGAGCUGCAUGAAGGUUCUUCAAAAAACAUGACAUACAACAUUAAGGUGAAGUAGUAUUUUCCAUUUUGGCUGAACUAUUCCCUUUCUACUGCUCCCUUAGGACACAUUCCAACCAAGCGUUAAGGUUAAAAGGGACCUCAUGUUGCAAAGGAGUUAUUCAUUUUUAGAUUAGUCACAAUACGUUCCUACUGAAUUGCUUGUCUUGGUGACUGCGUGUCCUGAGAGGACUGUUGUAAUGGGCAGUGGUUGCAUCAUAGAGCCGCACUAGUACUGCUCAGCAGCCAGCUAAACCUCCUAUCAGACAUUUGCAGUGAAAUCACUGCAGGUUACAAAGCUUCCAUUCUUCCACCUGCCCUUAGUUCCAUUUCUGUCUGUAUAUUAUUGCUAGAAACAUUUAUGCUCAUUAUUGAUAGUUCAAAAUAUGCUGGUUUAUAUCAAACUAAACUUCAGUAAGCUUUUGAAGUUGUUGUAUUGGUGGAAGGAUGCUGAUUAAGUAUCAAGAAGAACCUAAGUAUUAUCUUUUUAUAUAUACAUGUGUAUAUAUAUAUAUAUAU